GACCGCGACUCUCGUCCUAUAACCUGAGCUCCAGUUUUCGGGAGAAUUCCAGCGUUGUUAUCUUGAAUCCCAUUGCAACAUUGACUUCGCAUGGCCCCUUCGGUGCGAGCCCGCUCGCUGGGUAAAGCUUCAUUCGGGCCCGCAUUCUCGAAGCUCAAAACCUCGACUUAUAUCGACAACCCUCGCCCCUCCGUCUCGUUAUCACCGUCGCAUUUUAUACGAACACUGUCCUGGAAUGCAUCCGGCACCUUCAUAGCCACGGGCGCUGUAGAUCGGACGUUACGAGUCUGGAACCCUGAGAGAACAAAUGUUAGGAACUCAACAGAGCUCAAGGGACUCGGUGGUGCGGUGGAGCGCGUUCAGUUCCACCCAUUCAAUGAAGCUGAGCUUGCGACCUGUGCCCAAGACGGGACUGUAAAGCUGUGGGAUGUCCGGACGAAGGCCGGUGUUGGGGAGAUUAAGGUUGCGGGAACACCAUUCACGUUAGCUUGGAAGCCUGACGGAACCGAGUUUGUUGUUGGCACGAAGGAGAACAAUCUCAUUCGCGUCGACCGGACAGCAAUGAGGCCAAUCGUCGAAUACCAGCAGCCAGUACAGACCAACCAAUGCGUCUUCGACUGGGCCGGGAAGUACCUUUUCGUCACAAACGGAGAUGGUUGUGUAAAAAUCCUAGACUACCCGUCGUUUCAAGCCAAGCAUACAUUGAAUGCACACACAUCCUCCUGCUUCACACUGUCUAUGUCGCCUAGUGGAGAGUACUUGGCCAUCGGCGGAGGCGAUGCACUUGUUUCCUUAUGGGACACGCAGGAUUGGAUAUGUGUCCGGACGCUCGACCUAGUAGAAGGGCCGGUGAAGAGCGUCGAUUUCGCCUUCGAUGGUAGCUACAUCGUAGCCGGCGCGGACGAAGAAAAGAAGCUGCAGAUUGCGCAUGUAGAGAGCGGCGAGAUUGUCCACAGCAUUGAUCUUACGCAGCCCGCGCCGCAGGUGGCCUGGCACCCGUUCCGAUACGCCCUCGCCUAUUCGGCCGACAAGGAAGGCUUGAAGAUAGUUGGGGCUAUGAAUUGAGUCUUGGUAUUGGCUUUUGGUCUCUUUUCUCUGGGUAGAUGCGGCGCUUCGGCGGUUGUUCAAUGUCUUUUGGGAUUCUUUGGGUUGCGACGACCAUGAUACCCGUUUCCUUAUGGCUCAGGAACUUCCGAUCAGCUGAUUGUGUUCUACAAUAACAGAAUUGAAAUUUGCAUUCUAUGAAUGUUGGAUAGUCCACUAUGUGGGAUACGCGAUGCCAAUGGCGG